GAAAGGCACGAACCAGAAGAGAUAAAUAGGGAGAGAGAAUAAUAACAUACACACGAUUGGCUUAAAUAUAUCGCUGCAUAAAAGACUAGCGGAAGCAAGGUCUUCGUAAAUGGACUGCGAGUGGCAUCGCCCGAGUCAGUGUACUUCCACGCGUUGAAGAGAGUGGAGGACCCGCUUUGCCUUUUGAAAGCUAUUUUACCUGUGACUUGUAAGUGUGACUUGGGUUACGACUCUGCAUGUAACUCAUAUGAUGACUAGUAAAUGCAUGGAGGCGAUCGAGGGGUGAAAGGGAUAUGCAGAAAGAAUUUCGAGAGUUCUUGCAUCCCGGUAGCUCCAGACAGUGAACCCAGCUGUUAUAAGAAUGUGAGAGUAAAUUUGCUCUAUCACAUAUUUAAGAGCAGAUUAUUUGGAAGAACUUUUAAACAAAUCUCUUUUUAAGUUUAUACUCCGUUUAUGUUAUCUUACUAGUGACCUAUUAGUGAGUGUUACUAUAUAAAACUUAUAUUAAGAGUGUCGCAUUUAUAAAAGGUGGAAAAAAAAGUGUCCAAGAAUCAAAGCUUGUUAUCGGAGGAAUAUAAAUUAGUGAAUACAAGAAGUAUAUAAAGAGCAAGAUAGGAAACUUUUAUAAGAAGCCAUUCCGUCAUUCACUGACGGAGAUCUUGUCAAGAAAGUAUUACAUAACCAGGUCAGACCAUUACUUGAGAGAUGGGUGACAUGUCCCAUGAUCAACGAAGCCUUGCAAGGGAGGAGUAUCGGUUGAACACCUUUGGGAGCAGCGACUUCACAGCUGACAAGAAGAAGUUUGCUGAGGCAGGAUUUUAUUACACAAAGAAAGGAGAUGACGUGAAGUGCUUUGACUGCAAGUGGGAAGUGGAUGCCAAGACCAUCAGUCCGGCAGAUGACAUUGCAAGAAUUCACAAAGAGAGACGACCUGACUGCCCCUUUGCACAGGGUUUAAAGACUAUUCCCAGGCCCACUAGAAAUAAGACCUUUAUAUCUUAUGAUAGUCUGAGAUACGAGAAAGAGCGAUUGGAGACUUUCAUCGACUGGCCUGUAAAGUGGCUGGAUCCAUCUGAGUUAGCCAGCGAUGGAUUCUACUACUUGCGCACAGCCGACCACUGCGCUUGUGUGUUUUGCCGAGGCAUAGUGGGUGCUUGGGAGGUGGGAGACACACCAAGAGGAGAGCAUCAACGCCACUUUCCACACUGCCCAUUUAUCAGGGGUCAACCAGUUGGUAAUGUCCCUAUUCAUCAUAGCAACAUCCUAGCCUGUCUACCAAGCCUAGAUUCCACAACCCAGAGUAAGAGCACCAACACCCAGAAGCGUAGCACAGAUGAGUGUGGAACGUCAAGGCACAUGGCUGGUUCCUAUCCAGAAUGUCGUGGACCCCCCAACAAGCCUGACGUGUCUUGGGAGGAGAUUGGCCUUCCACAGUACUCUGGGCCAAAACGCAAGGACUUCCUCACAUGCGAGAGUCGACUUGCAAGUUUCGUGAGGUGGCCUGAACGUGUCACGCAGAAGCCAAGUGAUUUAGCAGAUGCUGGAUUCUUUUAUUGUGGUUUGAGUGACCAUGUCCGUUGCUUUCACUGCGGGAAUGGUCUUCGUAACUGGGAGAAAGAUGACAUACCUUGGAAUGAGCAUGCUCGCUGGUACCCUGAGUGUAGCUAUGUUCUCUUGAAGAAAGGACAGGAAUUUAUUGACAAAGUUCGACGUGAGAAACCACCAUACAUCCGCAAAGCCCCAGCACCAAAACCAAGUACUAGUACAGCAUCAGCAAGUACCACACCAGGAGGUCGCACAGUCUCUGACAAAGAUUUAGAUCCUCUGAUGGAUUUAGAUAUCAUACGAGGAGUAUUGGGCAUGGGAUUCCCUACACACAUCGUAAGAGCUGCUCUAAAAGACCAAGUUCAAAAGGCUGGUAUGCCAUUUUUCAGCAUGGAGCCCUGUAUUGAGGCUGUCCUUCAGAAAAUGGAAGAAGAAACAAGACAGACACUACAGGCUGACCCUAUUGAGAGUGAAGCAACAGAAAGCCAGGUUGCCAAGAUUCAGUCAAUCCACUCUAGGAGUGAGACUGCACAAAAUAGUGAAGUAGCUGGUUCCAGUUCUCCAUCCACUUCUGGUGCACAAGCAUCAGCUGCUUCAGAGCCAUCCACUUCUUCAGCCUCUGAGGAUGUCACUGGUACUUUACCCACUCUUCCAACCCCGUCAACAUCUACCAACACAGAACAUUUACCCACACUACCAAGUCCACUGAGAAGUACAGAUACUUCAACCCCUGUAUCAGGACAACAAGAAAAUUCCCAAGAAAGUUCAGCAACAGCACAGAACACAAGCUCUGCCUCGCCCCAGCCAAGCCAAGGAGACGACGAGGCAAUGGAAGUUGAUGAAAGGGGUGCAGAUGUUCAUCCAAUGGAAAGAGUGAUCAUGCAAGCUGAUGAGAUAAUGAGUAUGGCAGAGGAAGCCUUAAAACCUCCAAGUUCAGGUCCUCCUUCUCUGGGCCAGUCAGACCUUAAAGUUGUUGGUGAAGGCGAGGGUUCUGCGGUGUUGGAGCAAGCGUCAACCUCUGGUGUGAAACAUCAAUCUGGAGCAGUUACUUCACCACAGUCUACUAAGGAAUUAGCAGAUGAGCUUGAAAGAAUACGUGACAUUCGCAUGUGCAAAGUCUGCAUGGAUGCUGAGAUGGAUGUUGUGUUCCUGCCCUGUGCACAUAUGGUUACUUGUGCCUCUUGUGCAGUCGCUCUGACUCAGUGUCCCAUCUGCAGGAAAGACAUCAAAUUCACCAUCAAACCUAUUGUCUCCUGAAGUGUGAAAAUAUGGAAUGAACAUAGUGUGCCUGUGCUUUUAUAAUUAUAGUAUGUAUAAAAUAUUGUGCACAUUUUAUUCAGAUAAGGGUUUGUAUUGAUUUUUUAUAUCAAUUUUCAUGGCUAUUCUUUUUUAAAGCAACUUUUAAGUUCCAUUCUUAUGACUGUGGGGAAUAAAAACACAUAUACAUGUACAUGUGUGUGUAUAUAUAUAUAUGUACAAACAUGUAAAUAUACAUCUAUUUAGAGUGGGAGUAUAUGUAUAUGGUUAAAUUUGAAAUUUCCACUCAUUCAGGAUUUUCACUGAUGCACACACAACUUAACUUGUCUUAUGUUAGUGUGCAAAGCUUUAAAGUUUCCUCUACAAUGCAAUGUAACUUUAAAAAUAUAUGAAUAUGGAUAAAUGCUAUACGUCGUAAUUAAAGGGCCUCUAUUAGUGAAUGUGUGUUUUUUCUGGGGAAUUCUGAGGUUUAUUCUAUGAGUAAAAUCACAGAAGAACAGAGGGAUCACUGCUUAUGUUGUCCUUUGUGAAUUUGGAUUUUGAGAUCCCUAAUAUCACAUAUAAAUACAUACAUACAUUCAUACAUACAUUCAUACAUAUACAUAUAUAUAUGACCGAGACAUAUCCAUAUAGAGUUUGUUUGUAUUUAUUUUCUGGUAUCAGUUUUACCUUUCUGCUCAAGCAUAUAUCUCAGAUGCAAAUGGCAUUAAGAAUGUGUUAUCGCCCUGCUUAUGUUAAUUAUUAUUAAGAGAGAUGGUCUCUAUUCAAUGGUGCUAGAUGGUUGUGACUUGAAUAAACAGCAGUGAAAAUACAUGGCCAGAGAAUGUCGACCCUCUAUAAUAUGGAAUCCCUGUGUGAAGUUUUCUUAGUGAGAGAAGAGAUGGUUCAUAGUCCCAAUAAUCCAUUUUCACCUUUAUAAGAUACAGGAAGUUGCAGCUAAAUUGUUAUGCUUUAGAAAGAGUCAGAAGAGAUGGUUCAUAGUCCCAGUAAUCCAUUUUCACCUUUAUAAGAUACAGGAAGUUGCAGCUAAAUUGUUAUACUUUAGAAAGCUGUGUGGUGCAGCGGUAGCGAUCUAGCAAUCUUGCUGACCUGCGUUCGAAUCCCUCGCCGCCAGUGGAUGGUAACCCCGGCCAUUCCUUGCACACAGGGGAUAGUUUAGAAGCAAAAUGAAACGGACACUUUGUCACACCAAGAAUAUCCAUUGUAAUAAAUGGAAUCAAAACUAAACUAAAGAGUUGAAAGGAACACUUAGCCAAAAUUUGCAAGAUCAUAAAUAAUCUGGAGAAUUCAAGUGCACGUGUGAGUGUGUUAAUACACACAAAAUUAUGGAAAAUUCAAGGAAAUACUUUGUUUAUUCAGUUGGGGCAGAAAGAAAUUGGCCAUUGGCAACCUUACCAAGGUUUCCUCAUCACUCAUGUUAUGGCUGUUCAGCAAGAUGAACUCUCCAUAAUGUGAUGAUGAUGAUAAUACAAAAUUGUCAUCAUACACACCCACAAACAAGGUUCCUACAAUGUCAUUAGUAAUUAUUCAUGCUUUAAAUAAUUACAUUUACUUAGAUUUUUGAAGUUGGAUGUCGAGAGAUAAAGGGUCCCCUGCUACAGGCGUAACAAAGCACCUAAGGAUACCAGCCAUGUGAGUUCUCUUCAGUAGUUUUAUGUUGUACAUUCAUGAAAAGAUGUAACAGUGCUGUCAUUUCUCCUUUAGCGAACAGGAGAAGAGUGAAAGGCCAAGUAGCUCAACAGAAAACGAGCUUGUGUGACCUUGUUUUUGCUUUGUAACUAUUAACAGGCCAGUUCAUUAGAUAUGAUUUGCAUAUAAGUAUACUUCUUUCCUUGCAACUUUCGUGAUUAUUUACUUUGACAUACAAUAUGUGUGCUUUCACCUGCUAUUAAGAUAAGCAACUUUAGUGAUUAUAUAUAUUGACGUACAAUAUAUGUGCUUUCACCUGCUAAUAAGAUAAGGAACAGUUCUAGUGCGGUAUUAAGAAGAAAUGUUACUACACCUGUAACUGCUACAUGAUCUUUGAUGUCUAGCACAUUGAUUUGUUAUAACCAUAGACCGUUAAUGCACCUGUAAGCCAAGUAGAUGAUUAUGUAUAGUCCAGACUUCAUAGGACAAACUUUAAGACGGCUGUGAAAUCUUCUAUAGUUUCUAUGGAUUCAUUUAAGGAGUAAUAUACGUGCAUGAUUAGUUGGUUGAUUUUCUAGGGAAGUGGUCACUAAUUUAUUCAGUAAGGUAAAGGCGAUUUUUCGUUACCUUUUAUAAGGAAAUCUGGGUAAAUCUUCGUCAUGGGAGAUGUGACAGCACUGAAUUGUAUGUUUGUAAGAAUACUACACUUGACCUAAAGAGGCUUUCAGAUAUCUUUUAAUAAAUGCAAUCACUUAAA